UUAGGGGCGCCUGCGCACUCGGCGGCUGACGGAGACGUCGCCUUCAGGAAGCUUUUCCGGAAGCUUGCUAGAGUGAAAUAAUAGUUGUUCUGUCAGCGGUCUAGGGACCAACCUGCGAUUCCGAGUCAGGGUUGGGUCGGGUUCUCCCCCGCCCCUACCCCGGCGCCUCUCUAGAGAUGCUCCUCGGCGCAAGGCCCGCCCACCGCACGCGCUGAGCCACCGCUUCCGCCCUCCCUUCCCUCCAAGCAAGAUGGCUGAGGAGCAGGAGUCUGCGCUGCAGCUGCCUCCCUCAACUGCUCCCGAAGCUGAAGGGCCUACGGAGGUCUCCCCAGAAACAGCCACUCCGGAGCCCCCUUCUUCGGCUGCAGUCUCCCCAGGAACAGAGGAAGCUGUCGGUGACACCAAGAAAAAAAUUGACAUUCUGCUAAAGGCGGUGGGAGACACUCCUAUAAUGAAGACAAAGAAAUGGGCUGUAGAGCGAACCCGAACCAUCCAAGGACUCAUUGACUUCAUCAAAAAGUUUCUUAAACUUGUGGCUUCAGAACAGUUGUUUAUUUACGUGAAUCAGUCCUUUGCCCCCUCCCCAGACCAGGAAGUUGGGACCCUCUAUGAGUGUUUUGGCAGUGAUGGUAAACUGGUCCUGCAUUACUGCAAAUCUCAAGCAUGGGGAUGAACUACAGAGGAAAAGAUCUUGCUAACUUAAAAGGAAUCUUCACAAAGGAAACCGCUCUGAAAAGUUUUGAUCGCAAGAGACUUGUGGAUGUAAUCUGUUCAGCAUGUAUCUACUAUGACCCAUGUUUAUUCUUUAAAAUAUCCACAGAAUGGAUGGACUUUAAAAAUGUGAUUUGUAUUAAUACACAAAUCAUCAUAAAAGAUUGACAUUAGUAUAUACCCAUUACUACAGUUAUUUCUUCAGAGUUAUCGUCAAGGUGUUGAAAAGGAGACUAAUAAAAAAUAAAUCAAUUAAUUAAAAAAAAAGAAAAGGAGACUAAGAUGAUAUAAAGCUGCUUUUGUACUAGUUCUCAAAAUAACUGAAAUUGUUUACUUGAAGAAUUAGCACUCUACUGAUUUUUUUCGCCCCGCCCCAAAAGUCAAUUUACUAAAAGAUUCUUUGGGGGCAUAUUCAGGGGAGUUCAGUUUGUUUGUGGCUGUGAUAGGCCUUUUCUCAUUGACAUUUCUGUCAACAGUGUUAUCUUGUGAAGCAGAUUUGCGUUGACCUGCUGGCUUUAUUACCUUAGACAGUCAGUAGAGGGCAGCCCAGCUGCCAGGAAGAGUUGAGCAGUUCUGUUCUCCAUCUUCACCGGAAGAUAAUAGCUAUUCCCUGCUGAUCUCUAGCAAACAUCUGGCCAAGACAGCACGUGUGUUAGCACGCUGGAAUACUGCUUUAGAGAGGAUCUGUGGUUUUGGUUUGUUUUAUUGGGAAACAGAAGUGAUUUUACAAAUUCUAGACAAAUGAGUCUUUGAACUCUUUCAAUCCUAUCAUUUAACAAUUCUUGAGUCCCAGUGGUUAUAACUGUGGUAUUAAUCUCUCUUUUAUUUCUAUAGUGUCAAAAACACUCAGUGAGUAAGCUUGGCAGCAUCUUUCAGUUUUUUAUAAUGUAUUUUCCAACUUGAAAAUGCUCAAAGAAUGGCUGGAAAAUAGCUAGAUUUUAUGCCAUGAGUAAAAGUACUAUUUUUUUUUUUUUACUGAUGCUAUUAAAGUGAUAAUUGCUUUAAUAAGAUUUAACUUUUUUCUUCAUUCUGUAUUUGUGAUGCAGCAUUUUUUAUAAAACAUUCUAAUAAAUUGAAUGGAAUGUUCAAACAGGAUCUAAGGUGUGUGCAAGAAAUCUUAAGUGUUUAUUUUCAAAGGUAAUGAGAAUUGUAUGAUUUUGUCAAAGAAUUUUUGAGCUACACUUAUGUCCUUUGAGUCCCAGAAUGUACUUUAUGGUUAAUGAUCUGCCAUACAUUAUUGUUAGGGAAUGCCAAGGAACAAUUCAGUUUAAGGUGAUGAAAUCAUGUUCAGUUCUCAUUUUCUUUUUAGAACAAAUUUCUAAGCCCCCUUAUAAUGAUGUCCCUGUUUAAUAAAUUAAUGCAACCAGUAUUCAGCCCUGAAAUAAUAUAGGUUGAAUUGUGUAAAUUUAUUUUGUAAGGUGAGGUAAGAAAUCAGUGUAUGUGUUGAAAGUUGGAACGUAUAUUAUUUUCAGAUCAAAUAAGUUGAAUAUGGUGAAGAUCUGUUGUCUGGUUUUAUGCUCUUACAGCUUACUGAAGGAUGUAAAUGUAUUUAUCUGUAUGCAUUUAUAUUUAACAGACAGCGAGAAUGUGUUUAACCUGUGUGUAUAUUAUGUUUGCUGCUAAGGUUUCAGAAUGAUAGACUGUCAACAGUCAAAACUACUUGAGUUUGAAUUGUGUCAUCAACUUAUUCUUUUUUGAUCUGAAUAAUCAAUUAAUUUAUUAAAUCUGAGGUUAGCUAAA